AUGCCGAAGAAUCGUCCGGCCACGUCGGGCUACGCCCGUCUUGCCCAGGAGGAAGAGGAACGCGGCUUCCUCCACGACGACUCAGAGAACGAAGACAUUGCUGCUGCCACAUCCACGAUCUCAGCCUCCGCGUCUCGUUAUGCGCCCAUCUCUUCCCGAGCCCAGAUGCAGGCGUCUGGGCACGCCACACCCCCCGGCCACCGACGGAGGCAUAGUUACUAUCAGCGGCGCGGCCGUCGCAAUUCCGGCGUCGACAUCAAAGCAAUUAAUGCACGCCUUGAGAAAUGGGCUGACGAGAUUGCAUCCAAAUUCAAGAUCAAUCGUGUCAAAGGCAAGACGUUUGAGGAGGAAAAGCUAGAGAUCUACCACUCCGUUUUUCAAGCACCAGCUGGGGUUCGGCCUAUCACGGCAGAGGAAUUGGAGACAGAUGAGUUCGAAGGCCUUCAGAGACAUGCCCGUGCCGAAUUUGAGGAGAUCAUUGAGAGUGUGCGAUUGGCAAUUGAAAUGGAUGUGCAUCCACGCAUGAUCGCCCAAGGGAGUUCGGGUAGUUACUUUGCACGCAAUCCCGAGGGCAAGGUUGUGGGUGUCUUCAAACCAAAGGACGAGGAGCCAUAUGCCUCGCGGAAUCCCAAAUGGACAAAAUGGCUCCAUAGGAAUUUGUUCCCCUGCUUCUUUGGCAGAGCAUGUCUCAUCCCCAACCUUUCAUACGUCUCCGAAGCCGCCGCGUAUGUUCUUGAUGCUCGUCUGCGCACCAACAUGGUCCCAUACACAGAUAUCGUCUAUCUGUCAUCAAGAUCAUUCUUCUACGACUUUUGGGACCGACGCAAGGCGCGCAAGGGGAAGAAGAUCCUUCCCCCGAAGGCUGGCAGUUUUCAGGUGUUCCUGAAAGGAUACAAGGACGCCAACAUCUUUCUUCGCGAGCAUCCCUGGCCGGAUCAGACGAACACAGGCUUCCGAGCCCAAGAUGCGCCCAAGCGCAAGAAACGGCCAUGGAAUGAGGCUUGCCGUCCAUCGGGCGCGCAAUCGGAUGACGAGGACGAUUACGAGGCGGGUGAAAUUCCCGGACCAAACCCACGCGACGAGUCUCGGGAGCGCAGAUUCCACUGGACCGAAAACUUGAAGCAGUCAUUCCGCGAGGAAUUAGAAAAGCUGGUGAUCCUGGACUAUAUCAUGCGCAAUACUGACCGAGGUCUGGACAACUGGAUGGUCAAGAUCGAUUGGGGCACAGAGCAGGUUUCAAUUGUCGCAGAACCGCCCAAGAACAAUGAACCCGCACCUCAGCAUAACGAAGAUGAACUGAUGCCUCCGCCCCGGCCUGUGUCUGUCAAUUCCAAUGGCUUCCGCCCUUACAAGCGUCAAGAAACGAUGAUGGCGGUUAGCCGCACUGGCACACCUCUAGCCUCCUCAGAACAGCAAGCCUCGAUUCAAAUCGGCGCCAUUGAUAACAGUCUUUCAUGGCCGUGGAAGCAUCCGGAUGCUUGGCGAAGUUUCCCUUUUGGAUGGCUCUUUCUGCCGGUUUCAUUGAUCGGUCAGCCAUUCUCGCAGAAAACCCGUGAUCAUUUUCUCCCUCUUUUGACCUCCACUGCAUGGUGGAGCGGGACUCAGAUGGCGCUGCGCCAGGUCUUCUCACAAGACGACGAUUUCAAAGAAAGCAUGUUCGCACGACAAAUUGCAGUAAUGAAGGGCCAGGCUUGGAACGUCGUGGAGACGCUCAAGCAGCUCGAUCAUGGACCGCUCGAAUUGACUCGGAGAACCCGAGUCUGCGUUUGGGAUGAUUUGGUGGAUGUGCCCGUCGCCAUUCCGAUGCGAGCACCUUCUACGGAUGCGGGAAGACGCCAGGCGACUAAUCAUGACUACGACGAAGACGAGGAAAUGGAUAUUGGCGCUGCUGUAUCAUCAAAUGCUGAACAUAAUCAUGACCUUUUGGGUCUCGAGUCUGCGCCGCUCGACCUCCCAAAUCCCAAUCGAUUUGAGCUUAACCGAGGACCUACGGAUAGAGACUCACCCGGUGGCUCUACAACUCUCAAUGAUGGCUACUUUGCCCAUCGAACCGGAGAGGGAGCUCAUGCGAGGUCUUUGGACGGAUGGCCUGAGCAGUCGCAUCGACCUCCGCAGCACCACAAGCACGGUGGCUCUGUCUCGUUCAGAGUGCCGCACAUCAAUACAUUCGGCAGUGAUGAUCUUGAAGGCGAUUUGGGGUAUGCUGCCGCCGAGGGAAUGGAGGGGAACCAGCGUAAAGUUAUUGUGGAACGCCUCGAAGCCGUCAAAAGCAAGAACCCGGUGUUCACGUGGUGCUGA